UUUUUUAACGUGUACAGUUAGAACGAUUUGGAUAGAAGAUCGACCGAGUACAAAGUCCCUCGUUCAGUCCUACGACGAAGGGAUUUGUUUUAGACCCUAGACGUUCCUUCUUCCUUAAAUACAUAAGUUCCACUUCGUAUUUAUCAUCCCAGGUCAUCAUUUGAAUAACGUCAUUAAGUUAUAGAUUAGACAAGUGGAAGUAACUGUUAAUUGAGGUUUUAAAAAGAAGCCACUUCCUUGUGCUUCUAAUUAUAAGCGGUAUAUUUCGACAGAAAUAAAAAUUAUCCCAUGUUCAACAUCUGAAUAUAAUGUAAUUAAUAUAACAGAGAAACCAACAUAAUCCAGAGAUAAUCUUUCAUUUGAAAGAGUGUAAUUUUUCAAUGAGAUUUUACCAUUAUUGUUUAUGAAAGCACUUUAGAAAAUGACUUCAAAUGAAUAUGACUUUUUCUUACAUUUUGCAAAAGAAGAUGAGAAAGCAGCAUAUGAAGUCCUAGAAAUUUUAGAAGAAGAAUAUAAACACCGAAAGUUGAAAGGUUAUAUUGUUGACCGUGAUUUCGACUGUGUUGGGAACAAAUUCAAAUUAGAAGAAGCAAUAAAAGACAUAGAUAUCAUUUUUGUUAUUUUGUCACAAAAUUCCGAAAGAGAUAAAGAAUUUAUGCAUAUGAAUACUCUAAUAAUGACCAUUCAUUUAAAAAAUGAAGAGAAAAGAAAAACAAUACCUAUCUAUAUUGACGAAGAUGUAGAAGAUAAAUAUAUUUUUAAAACUCUGCAAGGAAUUCCUUAUAACAGUAGGAACUUUUUGUCAAAAAUGAAAAAUAUCUUUCCUUAAAAUCAUGCAUUUUAAUGUGUUUUUUUAUUUGUGACUUUGAGUGUCCAGAUGGCUCGGGAAAUGUGAAAUGUGAAAUGUGAAAUUUGUAAAUCUCUAACGAACAAAACAUGUCGAGAGAUAAUAUUGGUGUUAGGUGGAAGGUGACAAGCUGGCUGAAACGUUAGCACGCCGGGCGAAAUGCUUAACGGUAUUUCAUCUGUCUGUCUUUACAUUCUGAGUUCAAAUUCUGCUGAGGUCGACUUUGCCUUUCAUCAUUUCAGGGUCGAUC